CGCCAUUUUCUCCUCAGAGGAACAACAACAAAAAACAUCGUAGUCGGACAUCGCUGUCUUUUGCCGAAAUGGCAGUGUAAACGUGUGCAGCGACCUAGCAGCAGCCAACAAAACAGUGCAUCCAGCCAGUGCACUGAGUCACUUCUACAUCAGCAAAAUGUCGUCCUACAUAAAGACCUUCAGCACUGCUGCAUUCGACAGCAUAAACGAGUUCACAACCACCCAAGAGUUGUCGCACGCCCCAUUUGUGACCAACAACAGCCACUAUGACCACGACGAUGACAAGCUCACAGUUUGGCCUGGAAGACAUGGAGGCCCUUUUCUGGCCUUCCUCUCCCACGGCUGACGUCAUGGACUCCCCGUCUAUUCACCCUGAUGACGAUGUACAGCGGGAAGGGGGCGACCGCUCACCGCGGGGGCACGCUUUCCCUGCGUCGCCCCUCGCAUCCUUAUCGCCGUCGUUGUCCUCGUCUCCUCCUCCUUUCUACUCUCCUCCUCCCUCGCCGCCAUCUGUUCUCCAUGGGGACAAAGCGAGGACUGAGUCUGACCUGCUCCCCCUUUCUUGGUUGGAUCACCCUGGUCUGCUGAGGUGCAGCCAGACACCAUCAGAGGAUGUGCUUGGUGACUUUGACUGGAUGGGUGAGAAGGUGGAUCUGAGUGACUUGGACCUGGACUCUCUGAUUGGCACCUGCAGUCCUGCUGAAGAGGCUCCCAGCUCUCCAGAAGACCUCCUUAAUUCCCUAGAUUGUUCCAUGGAGCUGGAGUCCUUCCAGCUGCCAGCUCUCCCCACUCCUUCCUCUGCUUCCUUUCCUAAUGCACCCCCUCCAUCUGUUCCCUCUGUUACAGUAGAUGAGCCUGCAUGUCAUGUUCAUGGGCAAGAAGUUCCCUCCUCUCCGCUCUGUGUCCCAGACGUACAGGAGGAGCUUGAAAUCAAAUCAGAGCCUGCUUCUCCUGAACCCUGUCCUGCAGUGGUUGAUUCUCCCUCCUCCCCAGCCUUCACUCUGGAUCUAGGAAGUGAGGUGGAUAUUUCUGCAAGUGAGGUGAAGUCUGUGGUCCCUCAGGUCCCCAGGAUCGUGCUCACCCUCUCUCCAACCCGUAUCGUCCUCGUGCUGGCUCCCAAAAACGCCGUCGCCACCACACCUGGGGUGGUUCAGUGUGCACCGCCAACCUGCCCUCCACAAAAAACCCCCAGAAGCAGACCGUACCCCGAGCCGAAACAGAAAUCUGGUCCAUUCUCUCCCGCUGCCGUCGUCGAUGAAGUCCGGCCCCAUGGAGCUGCAGGUGCAGCUGGGCGGGCAGCUUUAAAAGCACCCAGAGACAAGAAGCAAAAGAAGAUGGAGCAGAACAAAACGGCUGCCACGCGUUACAGGCAGAAGAAGAGAGUCGAACAGGAUACGCUCCUUGCCGAGCACGCACGGCUGGAGAGGAAGAACGUGGAGCUGAACGAGAAGGCCGAGUCCAUGGCCAGGGAGAUCGAGUAUCUCAAAGAGCUGAUGGAGGAGGUCCGCCAGACUAGGCUCACUAAAGGUCUCAGUGCUGACCCCUAGAGAUCACCUAGCAAUAAAGCUGAUCGCGUGUAUCGAGAAGUUUGUGUUCAGCAGAUUUUACGUGUGUGUAGCGUGUUUUCUGUUCAUACAGCAUGUUAUGGACCUACAGUGAUUCCACACGUCUUCAACACUGGUAUUAAACAGGAUCGUUGUGUAUUAAUAGUUGCAUCAAUGAGUAUUUUACAUUCAGAGUAUAUAACCUUAAAUGUUUUUAAAGUUUGGUGUGUAACCUGUGAAAGUUAUUUUAAUAAAGACUUUAAAUUCUA